UCAUUUUGCAGGGUAAAUCAGAUCUACCACAAUGGUUCUCAGGGCAUUCCUAUUGGUUCUUCAAACACUUUAGCAUUGUAGUGGUUACCAUUUAAUAGUCACGCAUGGGCAGACAGACGAGGGGAGAAGCGCGAUGGCCGAAUUACACAUCGGAAAACACUGUGACUUUCCAAAUUGCAAUCAGCUUGAUUUUCUUCCAUUUUACUGUGACAAUUGUUCCCGCACAUUUUGUAAGGAACAUAGAAGCAAAGGAUCCCAUGAGUGUGUCCAGAAUACAAAAGUAGGUGGAACAGUAACUGGUCCGUCAUCAGCCUCAUUUUCUUUAUAUUCGUGUGAACAAGAUGAUUGUAAGAAUAAGGAACUCACUCCUGUCAUCUGUGAACAAUGUAGAAAGAACUUUUGCCUUAGUCAUCGUCAUCAACAAGAUCAUGGCUGUGAAAAGCUAGUAGAGAAGCCAGAUGCAAUGCAAAAGACAGCUCAACUCAUCCAACAAAUUGCAGAAUCAAGAGAGUCUAAACCAUCAAAACCAAGGAAAAAGAUUAGUACCAAAGCACAGAAGACAGCUGCUAAGGUUGCCCUGAUGAAGAUGAAGAUGCAUGCAGUAGGGGAGACAGCUGUGCCACAGUGUGAACGUUUGUAUUUCCAAGUGUAUCUACCUGAAGAAUAUAGAGCUAAGGAGAAGAGUAAGGCUAUGUAUUUCUCAAAAGAAUGGAGCGUUGGACGGCUUGUUGACAAGGUUGCGUCCACUGUGGGUUUAAAAAAUGACAACAACCUGGCAACAAGCAAGAAACUUAGACUCUUCCAUCCAGUUGUUGGUGUAGUAUACCCAAUGGAUCAGAAAUUGUAUGAACUGCUGGAUGGAGAACAGUGUUUGUUCAGUGGUGGAGAUGUAAUCAUAGAAUAUGUUGAAAAUGACUGUACCCAGCUAGAAGAUGUAGACAUCUAUAAACUUUGAUCCUGACAGACCGUGAUGCAGUUGAACGUAAGCAGAAUGAGAUUUAUUUUGGUUUUUAAUUGCAGAAGUGUAUUUCUUUCUGAUUAAUUUUUAAAAACUUUUUGUAUUUUUUACAAAAAAAAUGUUUCUAAAAAAGGUGUUCCUUAUAGAAUAAGCUUUCACUUGAUGUAUAAUUCAUAUUUUUAGGAUUUUGUUUUCUAAGUGAAAAGCAUGUGUAGAUAAGAGAGUACUAAUAAAAAAUAAUAAUAGCAAAAUGCCUAUAGGGAAUAGGCAUAACCUAGGCCUAAAUCGUUGGCCAAAAAAUCCUGAAAAAAGAACAAUUAGCCAAAUAAAAUAAUAACAAAAUAAUAAAAACACUCACAAUAGACAUCGUUAUAUAAAUCAUUUGCCCAAACAUGCAUAAUUAUAAGCACAAUCUUUCCAUUCCACUCCAUUGACUAUACCGUAGCCUCUCUAGGCCUAGGCCCUUAAUCAUCAACAUCACCGCCGUCAUCACUGCUUAUCGCCUGCCAGUCAUCACAGCUGAUAGGCAUGCCAAACUAUUACUAUUACUGCAAAAUUUGUCUUCAUUGCUGUAAAAAUCUAAAUAUAACUUGAUCGCUCUCUUGUAUAAUAAACAUCCUGUGCAGCCAUUCCAAUGAAAUUUUAAGAUAUAUAAGUUUUCAAAUUAAGAUUUCAAAUAUUUUUUACAAGGCACGAUGUCAGUUUUAAAAAAAAUACAGAAAUAAACAAGCUUGACGCAUGUGUGCAAAAGAUUUUGAAAGUUUAGAGCCAAAAUAUACACAGAACAGCAAUUUAUAAACAGCCUAUUUUUUGUUAAUAAAUUUCAACUGCGGUCGAAGUUGGGUAGCCUCAACUUCAAAUCCAUUUCAACUGCAGUCGAAGUUGGGAUCAAGAGGGUUAAAAGGGUUGUUUACAUUAAAUAAAAUUAAAAAUCUUUCACUACUAUUAUGAUUUUAAAAAUCUGUAGUAAUCUUUAAAUGAAAAUAUAAUGAAGAGUUGAUAUAGAAAUUCAUGUGAGCCCUCUAUAGGCUAAUCUCAAAUACCAGAAAUUUUCUUAAACUUAAAAUUCUUUGUUAGAAUGCUAAAACCUCAACAUUGCAAUACAAAUGCUACAUUACAAUCACAUUGCCACUCUAGGUCCUACUUAUAAAAAUUCUUUACAUAGUUAAAAUAGUCAACCUGGAUAUAUUAUAAUAAAAUACUGAAAACCAGUUUUAAAAUCAAGCAUAUGUAAUAUGUAAAAUUUAAUAAAUACUGUUGGUUGAAAUGGUAGAUUAUAUUGCUUUAAAAGAAGAAAAAACAUAUUUAUUGUUUACAAGAAUUAUGAUUAAAAUAUGAAUUGAAUUAGGAACGAACAAUUUAUGGAAGCGUGACAUUUUUGACCCACUUUCUGAGCUAUCACAGAUUGUUUUUUAUUCUGUAAAUGCCAAGUCACUUAUGGUUUGAUGAGAGAUAGAUAAAAUUUUAUUAAUAAAAGAAAAAUAUAUCAUAAAUUAUAUUAUUAUCUGUUAGUGGUGUUUUUUUAAUCGGUGGUUGUAUACUGAAUAUAAUAUUUUACUUCAAAAUUUGACUUAAGCAAUUUAUAUGUACUUUAUUCAAAUGCUGACGUCGCUGCCUUGAGAAAUGAAAACCUGUCAAGGGUCUCACACUGGUUUACUUGAGAUUUCUUCUAGAUUCGCCUGAGAUUGGGCAUUUUUCGAAAAUUAGGUGCGAGGUCACAAUCCUUAUAGAAAAUACAGUCAAGCGUCGAUAUAACAUACACACUUUACGUUGAAUACAUUGAUACAAAGUACCACAGGUGGUGUCGAACACUGACGAUCGCUACGGAAUCGCUAGCGCCGAUAGUCGUGUUUGUACAUGUUGUAUGCUUGUUGUGAGAAAAUAUUACAUUAAAAAAAUAUAAUUUGAAAAAAUUCUGGAAUGUGUGAGAAUAUACAGGCCUCGUGUGAGGUUGAAGUUAAAUGUGUGAGACUCCUGCGAGAUGCGCAGGACUUGACAGGUCUGGAUCUGUCUUGACUUGAAGGUAGGGGUGUGAUAGAGUGGGGGGGCUAGCAUGUAUUUUUUUGCACAACAAUUAAUCAGUCAGAGGGUACUUUGUUUAGUCAAGGGCCACAAACUUUUUUUUCUAUGGUCGGAGAGGUGUUUAGUUAUAGGUGAGUUCUGUCAAAAACAAAUGGAGACUCGUGUAUAUACUGUAUAAAGUAUUGAUUUUGGCAGUAAGAUCUCUCUUUAAAAGAAUGUCGGUAUCAUUGAAUAUAUAAAUAAAUG